AUUCAAUGUCGAUGGGGAGCAGCAGCGUGAGCAGGGAAGAUGACUUUCUUCCCGCUUGUGUCAUAGUUUAAGAAGAGGUUCAAAUGACUCGGGAGACACAAGAUAAGCAAGAUUUGACUGGCUCUCAGAGUGUGUGAGAACGCAUACAUUUGCAAAAGAUUAUAUAUCUAUAUUCUCUCCACAUCUGCCUUUUUUCUCGUGGUGACUCCGCCUCACUUACCAAAGUUCUCCGCCGAAUAAGAGAAAUUUUUCGGAAAAUGCUAACAAUAAUAAAAACUAUCCCUUCAAGCAGUCCACGCACUUCAAGCACAAUGCGAACCACAUUCCUCACUAGAACUGCGGGACUAUUGAACCACCAACUUGGGUCUGCUUGUGCCGGUACAACAACCUCAAAAGAAGGCGUGUAUCAGCGGCCUUGAACCAGCACUUACCUCCCGCUUCAUCGCCCGCUGUUACCAUGCAAGGAGACAGCCCUUCAGUGGUCCAGAGGUUCCCGUUGUGAGCAGACUGACCACGUCGCGUUCCGGCUCCCUGCGCCCGCUCGCGACUUCGAGUACCAAUAUGAACUUCCUGGCCAAAGAAAAGGAUAAGUUUGAGGCUCCUGAGGAUCUGGGGCUGAAGUAUAGCAAAGAUGAGAUCCUCAGGUUCAUGAUCGACUGCAUGAUGUCCGUUGGUACCCCAAAGUCCAAUGCAACUUCCCUCGCCAAUGUGCUCUUGGCUGCUGAUGAACGAGGGCACUACAGCCACGGCAUGAACAGACUGGAAAUGUACGUCAAUGAUGUGCAGCAGAAGAUCUGUGAGGGAGGAGCUACGCCAACCAUCGAGAAAGAGAGUGUGUCAACAGCUCUAGUCAAUGGAAAUAAUGGGCUCGGUCCAGUGGUCGGGGAUUUUUGCAUGGAGUUGGCUGUCAAGAAGGCUAAGGAGACUGGCAUUGGUUGGGUAUGUGCUCGAGGUAGCAACCAUUAUGGUAUUGCUGGAUGGUACUCCAUGACUGCUACAAAACAUGGCCUUCUGGGUAUGAGCUUCACAAAUACAUCACCAUUGGUUGCUCCAACACGUGCAAAGACAGGAGCUCUGGGAACCAAUCCCAUAUCCCUUUCUGCUCCAGCAAAAGGAGGAGACAGCUUUGUGUUGGACAUGGCGACCUGUGUAGUGGCUGUGGGCAAGAUUGAAGUUGAACGACGUAAGGAGAACCCCAUACCAGAGGGCUGGGCACUGGACAAAGAAGGCCAACCCACAACCAAUGCAAAGGAGGCAAUGUUUGGAGCUCUCAUGCCCCUUGGUGGUCCUGAGAUGCACUCUGGCUACAAGGGCUAUGGUUUGGGCAUGCUGGUUGAGAUCUUCUGUGGCAUUCUGUCAGGUGGUCACUAUGGCCCCAAUGUCCGCCGGUGGAUGCAAACAGAUCGGCCAGCAGACUUGGGACAGUGCUUCGUGGCCAUUGAUCCUUCGUUCUUUGCCCCUGGGUUUGAGGACCGAAUGAGUGACCUUAUGGACCAUUGCCGCAACAUGGAACCAGCUGAUCCCAGUAAGCCAGUUCUUGUGGCAGGAGACCCAGAACGAACACAUGUUGAGAAAGUGAAGAAAGAAGGAGGAAUCACUUAUCAUAUGAACCAGAUCAAGGAUUCAUGGAAGCUGGGAAAAGCUUUAGGAGUGACACCAAUGAAGGCUUUGUAAUAAGUAAAUGAAUAAAUUGAUAAUCAAAAACACAUUAGAAUACAUUUAUGGAGCAAAGUUAUCUUCCUUUGAUAUACUUUCACAGUAGGAGGGUGCAAGAGUAAAAAGAUUGCUUUCUUUUGAAUUUCUGUUUUCAUUUGGUUGAGUUACUGAUAUCUUAGGCUGUUCUGUAUACAGUAUGGUGUGAAUAUUUUUUGUGCUGAUUUUAUAAAUGGAAAUUAGUUAUUGCUAUUAUGUUCUGAAAGUACUGAAUGUUACAGAUUAAGCAUUUCUGAAGAUCAGAUAGUCACCUUGGUCCAACAUGGUACAAAUGACAUAAGUCAGUUUAGUCUGUAUAUAAUCAUAUCAGUGAUGGUUCAUGUCUUGGUAGAAUAGAUUGACUUAAUGACCUGGUACAUUUAGUUUCAUUGCAAAGGUUGUAUAUGUUUUUGUCCAUAUUUGUCAGAAAAAUGUUUUUCAGUGUGCCUUUGUUUCAUAUUGCUUCCUGUUGUUUGGAGAAAUGAUUUUGAAGGAGGGUAAUGGUAAUAAAGAGAGACGGCAGUCAGACUGACCAGCUUAAUUAAGGAGUGGUUUCCAAGAGAGGGAAAUGUUAAAAGAAUAACGAACAAAACUAUUGUUUGUUAAGCCCAGUUUUAUUGUGAUUUGUCAUAUUUCUGAGCACAGAUAUAGAUUGUUUAAAACUUUGUGCAAAUACCUGUAUAAUUUUCAUUGUUAUGAAGAAGUAUAUAUGAAGUGCUGAGCUACCAAAAGAUUAAGUACAUUGCAUAGUAAAAAAAUAAACAUAUAUAUCCUUAGCAUAUAAUGUCUUUAUAAAAUUGCUCUGAAAUGAAAUGCUUAAAAACUUUGCAACAUGGUGGAGGGGAACAGAUAUAUUUUAGAUUUAGGUCAUUGUAGAUAAAACAGUGAAGGGAAGAACAGAAAAACACAAAUUGUUCUAUCUACAUUUUUUCAGUAUGAAUCCAUUACAUUAGACCCUCACGUCAAAAUCCAGAAUCCCCCUACUUUCCCUGCAAAUACAGGCAGUUAUUUCCAUUGCAAGAGUUGUUUAUAAUGAAAGUACACCUUACAAAUGAAAUGAGAUAUGCACUAUAUGCCAAAAUUGUGUUAUAUUGUAUAUAAUGCUUGCAUGUUCAUAAAUAUCAUUCUUUGAAAAAGUAUUCUUUUUUCUUUAAGAUUAGCACUAAAGAUGAUUAGUUCCUAAAUAUGAAAAACUCAUUAUAUAAGAAAAAUUUCAAAUACUAAAAAUAAAUAAAUUGUAAAUGGAAUGAAAGAAGUGUUCUGAGAAAGGAAAAAUUAAGAGAGGAUAGAGAGGAGACCAAUGUCUUUCCCAAAUAUUUAUUGGUACACGUAAAAUAAUGCAAAAGAAAUUUAGUGAUUAGUGUAGGCAUUUCUUGGAAAAGUUCAGAAACUGAAAAACAAUCCAUUACAAAAAGCAAACCUGAAAUAAUAUUAAAAAUAUCUACAUCCAUAAAAUCACAGAUAUGUACAAAGAACUAGGUCUUCUAGUUAUAUGGUCUUGUGCAAUAUUUCUUUCAAGUUAAUUCAUUGUUAGUAAAAUACCAUAUAAGCAAGGUGUUCAAUCCAUACUAGAGCCAAACUAUAAAGCAUGUUCCUUAGUGCAGUUAUAUUUUUCAACUGGGAAAUGAGGGAGACAUACAAAGAGUUUAGCUAGCUAUAGGCAUUUAAUGUUGCUACAGAUGAAAGAAUAUUGGAAGUACAAUAUAUUUUUGUGACUUUCUUUUGUAGUUUAGUUAUUUUCUAAAUUUGGGAAUGCCAGUGCUUAAUGUUAAUAUUGCAAGAUAAGAAUAAACUUUUUGUACAUUCAACAAGAAAAGUAUUGUGAUGAAGACAGUGGUUCUAGUAUUCUCAUACAUGUUCAGAUGAAGUUCUUUACCACAGUUUCUACAAAGCAGUGUUUUAAAGAAACAAAUAUUUCUGUUCUGAUGUUCAUAGAUGAUCCUUGACCUUUUGUGUGUUUAACAAUGCCUCCAGUAAGUAGAUAUGGCCACCUUGAUACAGUACUUUUCUAAGUGAAUGCACAUACUUUAGCUACCUAACUUCAGAAACUUGUGUUGCUCAUUGUUGUGCAUAUUUGUCUAGGUGACUACCUUGCCUGAUAUGCAUCAAUAAAUCUUUAUUGAUGCAUAUUCUAUUGGAGAUAAUUAUUGUUAUUUGUUUAUAAGUUUAUAAAGAUAGUCAUGGUUUGAGGUGAUGUUUGAACUGAGGAAUUUCUAUUGUGAGCAUGUAUAUCAUAAAUGUGAAAUAAAUUACAGAUUCUUUGA